GGAUGGUCAGUUGUAGUUAGGCGAGAGAGGAGGAAGGUCAUACACGCGCCUCUUCCUCUCCUAUAAACUGUAACUCGUUCUUGCUUCGACUGAUCAAUUCCGGAAAUUAAACGAAAGAAGAAAGAUAAAAAAGAAGGAAAGAAGAGGGGAAGUUUGAAGGACGAAGGGACUAGAAAAAAUAAUAAAAAAAAAGUUAAAACGAAAGAAACACUAUAAACAGCAGAGCAGAAAACAACGAAAGAGGAAGGAAGGAAGAGAGGAGGUUUGAAGGACGCGGGGACUAGGAAAUAGAAAGACAAGUUAAAACGAAACAGUAAAGAAGAAAAAAAUAAGAAAAAAGUAAGAAAAUUUGAAGGACUAGAAAACAUCCAAGAAAAACAACAACAAAUAAACAAGUUAAAAAUACAAACGUGGUGGUUCUCGUAAUUUGCAGAAGUGACAAGCAGAAAAACGAGAGUAAACGAACACACACACACACACACACACACACACACACACACACACACACACACACACACGAUACUUAUUAUGAACACGUGUGACUCUUGCAACCAGAACGUGUUACUUUUUACAUCACAUUCGGUUAACGACAACAACAACAACAACAGCCACCACUACUAGUAACAUCCACACAACGUAAAGAAGAAGGAGUAGGGGGCGGAGGAGGAAGAGGAGGAGGAGGAGGAGGAGGAGGAGGGGGCGGCAUGGUGGCCCCUUGUGGAGGUGAUGGGUGCUCCUCCACUCCCCACCUCGCCCUCCACCCCCAUCCCCCCCAACCAGCGGACCCCCUCCACCACCACCAACAACUCCAUCACCAGCACCUCCAACUCCACCAGCAGCAAUACGUUUACGCUGCCCACCUGCCACACACCAUGCUAAGCCUAGGCAAGACGGCGGCGGCGGGCGGGAACUGCUCUUGGGAGGCGGGCGGCGGCGGCGAGGGCGGUUACGAGGCGGGCGGGGCGCGCUGGGUGGUGUACCAGGUGGUGUUCCCCGCGCUGGUGGGGGUGGGCGUGAUGGCCAACCUGCUGAACCUCGUGGUGCUCUCCCGCCCUGCCAUGCGUGGGGUGGCCUACAGGUACCUCAACCACCUGGCCGUAAGCGACCUUCUGUACCUCCUCUUCAACGUCCCAUUCUGCCUUGAGGACUUCGUGAGGGUGUCAGAGUCGGGGCAGGCGUCAUCGAGGGGCAGCGCCAUCUACUACGCCCACAUCGGAGUGCCUCUCGUCAACCUCUUCCUCACCAUGAGCGAGUACAUCGUGGUGUGGCUCUCCUACGACCGCUGCCUCGCCGUCUGCUGGCCGCACAAGUUCUCCGCGAAGCAGCGACUACAUGUGGUGCGUGAGCGUUGUGGCCUAUCGCUGGCACUGACGGUCGCUGUGUACUGCCUCAGCCCCCUCAGCCAGACGUACCACUGCGACGGGUCUCUGUGUUGCGUGAAGGACAGCACGUACAGCAGCCUCACGUGGUUCAUGGGCUACGAGCUCUUCAGGGAGAUUUACUCGAGGUUCCUCCCUGCGCUUCUGGUCACCGUGUUCAAUGUGGCCAUCGUGGUGACGCUCCGCCGCCUUCACCGCGAGCGACGGGCCGAGGACGUGAUCAGUGAGACCCGGCAGGAGCGUGAAAGGCGGCUCUUCGUCCUUCUGGUGGCUGUGACGGUGCUGUUCUACGUGACGGCUUUCCCCAGCGCCAUGUAUAAGGUGCUGCCCGGCGACGACUCGAACCUGGAGAGCGUUCUGCGUCCCAUCGCCGACAUGUUGGAGGUGUCCGGCCACGUCUUUAACUUCGUCCUCUACUUUCUCUUCAGCCCCGACUACCGGAGGACCUUAGUGGGGAUGGCUGCGCCCCCCGAUAAGGCUCGUAAUGCCCCUCCUCCCUUCCAAUCCUCUACCGCCAUUCCGCUAUGAGCCUCACCGCAAGACUAUCAACAACAACAAGAACUCCACUGUUCCAUAUCAAAACCCGGAUUACCAGAGGACAUUGGUUGAGGUGGCUGCGUGGUGCUCUAAGAAGGACAAGUCAACAGCCACUCGAGAAUAGACCAGAAGGAGAUUGCAAAGGGGAGGCCGUUGCAAAGGCUAUCUCCUCGACUCUCGACUGAACUGAAUCGAGUCGCCCUGCCCUUUCUGCCUUCCCUUAACCCCGGUGGACGGAAUAUGCAAGUGUGUAUGGGAGGAUAUGAUAUGCUGGGAAGGGGUCAUGGUAGUAGACUGUGAGGGGACGUGGAGAGCAGAGCAGGAGGUGAUAAAUAUGCCUCCUGACCAGCCCUACGCAUACAGAUCGUCUUGAUAUGACUCUCCCUCCAUCUCCACCUGCCCUGUCCAUCCCUGCACUACUCUUAAUCAGACCAGGCAAAGGAAGUACCUAGGUAGAGUCGCACAUAUGUGGUUUCUUUCUUAAUCACGGCUUCGCUUCGUAGAAUGGAGAGAAAAAGGAAAACGAAACGCAGGGAAAAAACAAAGAUGAAAUAAAAAAAAUAAAGAAGAAAAUGGAGAUGAUGGUGAUUAGGUGGCGAUGAUGUGGUAACAGUGACACUUGACCGAUUGUUGGGUUAGUGAAAGACUUUACGGCAUAUGUUUGAGAGAGAAAGAAAGAAGAAAACAAUGAAACUUGCCGCGUGUGGAAAAAAGAGAGAAAAGGAGAAAAUGUGAGAUGGGUAAAUAUAUGUAUGUAUGAAGAUGGCAAUUAAGACAUGGGGGAAAAUAAUCAACAAAAUAUAUGCAUGAUGUUAAGAACUGAUAACCCUACAAAGCAUACGAUAAGGAAACACGAGAAACACAAAACAAUUAAUAUUAGGCUAAGGGCAAAGAGAGAAUAGCAGAAAGUGAAGGUAUAUCGAGAAAGACAGAAAAGUAGAAUGCAGGAAAAAUGAAAAAAAUAAAUGUGAAUGAUAAUAUGUGAUAGUUGAAGAAUAGGAGGUUAAAAUUAAUGCCACUAAGAAAGAGAAAAAUAGAGAAAGAAAGAAAAUAAAAGAAUAACAGGAAGUGAAGAAAUAUCAAGAAAGACAGGAUAAGAGAAUGAGAGAAAGAAAUGAAAAUGAAAAAAAAAUGAAUGUGAACGAUCAUAUAUGAGUCAAAGAAUAGGAGGAUAGAAUUAAAUGCUACUAAGAAAGAAAGAAAGAAAGAAAGAAGGAAAGAGAAAGUAAGAAGGAAAGAAAGGAUGGCGGGAAAUGCGUCCAUGACAAAAAGACAAGAAGAACAGUGAUGUAAGAGUAUAAUCGCGUGGCCUCGGUGCUCAUCUCCGUCACAGUGGCCCAAAAAAGACAGGCGAAAAGGGAAUAAAACGUAAAAUGGAAAAUAAAAAGAAAAGAAAAUAGGAAAAGAAACCGACAAAACAAUAAUAAUCAAAGUAAAUGAGACUGAAAGAGAAUAAUGGGAAGGAAGUGAAGUGAAGAAAGAAAUGUUAACUAAUGAGAGUACUAAAGAAAAAAAAGGAAGGGUAGAAAAAGGAAGGCACGCAAAGAGAAAAGAACAAUAAUUAAGGUCUGCAGGAGAUAAAGAACGAAGUGACGGAAAGGGAAGUGGAUGAAGAAGAGGAUAAUAAUUAGUGACGCCACAUGUAUUAUGCAAGGCAAGGAAAGGAGGGGUUUAAAAAUAGACCAACAAACAGAGGGGAGGAGGAAAGGAAGGGAGGACAGAAAGACGGACACACACAAACACAAGACGGGUAAUUAUAAGUGUGAGGAAGAGAAAAUGAUGACAAUAGUGAUACAAUAAAAAAAGGGAAAGAUGAUUAGGCAAGAGAAUGUUUGGAAAAAGGACCAAUAGAAAGGCAAGAAGAAAGAGGCGGAAAGAGAAAAUAAAAAAAACAAUAAGAUAAAUAGAAGUGAAUAAGAUAAUAAGAAUAAAAGAUAAAAAGAUAAAUAAGAUAAAUAAAAGAUAAAUCAGAUAAACAAAUAAAUAAAACAAUGAUAAAAGAAAACGAGAAAAAGGGAAAAAAACGGAGUAGGAAAAAAAGUAAUGAGAAAAAGCAAAGAAAAAGAUAAAUUAGAGGGAAUGGGAGAAAAAGUUAAGGAAAGACAUUUUAAACACGAGAGAGAGAGAGAGAGAGAGAGAGAGAGAGAGAGAGAGAGAGAGAGAGAGAGAGAGCUCAGGAACAUCUCGUGAUAUGAACCGACUACAGAAGGAGUGGAGGGAACCGACCUUUCUCUCUCUCUCUCUCUCUCUCUCUCUCUCUCUGCAUCUUUUACCACCACCUUAUCACUAGAGAGAGAGAGAGAGAGAGAGAGAGAGAGAGAGAGAGAGAGAGAGAGAGAGAGAGAGAGAGAGAGAGAGAGAGACUACCCAUGUAUACUAAAUAUAUAUACUCCAUACAAACAUACAUACAUAUAAUAUUAAAAAAAAAAGUAUUUGUUGCUCUCAAAGGAGGAACACAAAUCGACAAGUGUGUAUAUAUAUUAAUUAAGUGUGAUGUAAAUAAUAAUGAUAUACGAGAACGAAUACACAAAAAUAACCUGAAGUGUGUGUGUGUGUGUGUGUGUGUGUGUGUGUGUGUGUGUGUGUGUGUGUGUGUGUGUGUUCGAAGGAAAGUCAUAUGGCUAACUAGGAUAGAUAGAUAGAUAGACAGAUAGAGAUAGAUAGUUAGAUAUAUAGAUAGAGAUGAUACAGGUUAACCUAAUGGGAGAAUAACAGACCUGAGUGAUUGGACACACACACACACACACACACACAUACACACGGGCGCACAGGGAUUACUAAGGCUCUCCCACCGCCCCUACCAACGUACCUCUCUCCCCAGUGAUCUUAAUCGUGUUGUUAUGCAUUGGGUUUACUCUCCUCGUCGUAAACACUGUCCCAAUCAACACAUACUCGGAAAAAAAAGAAUAGGGCUCCUCUUGAAAGCUAACUUGGGAGAUUGUCGAAACAAAUGGUUGUUUUCGUAUAUAUAUAUAUAUAUAUAUAUAUAUAUAUAUAUAUAUAUAUAUAUAUAUAUAUAUAUAUAUAUAUAUAUAUAUAUAUAUAUAUUUGCUAGAAUGGGUAUUUCUUGUGAUCUCCAUCGUUUUGAAUUGCUCCUCUCGAUCCUCUUUUGUGCUCAAAUCGCACACUUUGCUUUCCAGUCAUGGCAUUUCAUUUUUUUUUUCCACUUGAAGGAGUUAUGGCAUUUUCGCUUUGACUUAGAUUCGGUGUGUGUGUGUGUGUGUGUGUGUGUAAUUCGCCACGGCCUGAUCACGAGUUGGACUUGCUUUCGCCAGCAGGUACCCUCACGACGUGAGCAAGUGCUCAUUAUUGUCGAUCUCUGGGAACUGCCAGGACCUCACACACCACACACUCCAUCCCCUUUUCUUAAGGGGGGACAGUAACCACUCCUAGUCAACGGAAAGAAUCCGGCCUGAGCGGGGCUCGAACCGCCGCCUGUUUGGCCGUGAAGCCUUGCAGCGCGGCGCUCUAACCGUGUGUGUGUGUGUGUGUGUGUGUGUGUGUGUGAGAUUAUCCACGGCCUGAUCACGAGCUGGGCUCGUCAUCGCCAACAAGCACCCUUCCGACCCGAGCAAGCUCAUUAUAUUCGAUUUCUCGGUAAUGCCGGGACCUUCACACACCAUACACCCCAUCCCCCUUGCUCAAGGGGGUAGAGUAAUCGCUCCUUGCCAAUGGAAAAAUCCCGGGUCUGAGCAGGGUUCGAACUUCCGCCUGCCAGACCGUGAAGCCUGCCAGCGCAGAGCUUUACCACUGAGCUCUCAGAGGUGUGUGUGUGUGAACUAAAAGUAUUUUUAAGUUCUCCUUUUCUAGGUCAUUUUUUUUCUUUCUGUCACGUUAAUAGACUAUGUAUAUCAGAAAAGUUAAUACGAGUUAGUGGGUAAACCCUAUUCUGUUGUGUGCCUAUGUAAUGUGUAUGUCCUAUUAUAACCACUGAUGAUGUAAUAAUAUGAUGCAUAAUAUAUAUUUGUACUGCC